AUGUUCAAGUGGCUUUUAUUUUCUGCUUUACUAAGCAUAUUUCUGUUUUCAAAUAUUUGUAAAGCUGAUGAUGAUGCAGAUACAACAUCAACAGCAGUUCCACCAAAAGUUGAUAAUGAUAUAGGAAAACAUAGUGAUGCAUCAAAAACUGAUGAUGAAGUUGUACAAAAAGAAGAAGAAGCUAUUAAAUUAGAUGGUUUAAGUGCAAAAGAAUUUCGUACACUACUUGAUGCAUCAGAAAAACAUCAAUUUCAAACUGAAGUUAAUCGUAUGAUGAAAUUAAUUAUUAAUUCAUUAUAUAAAAAUAAAGAAAUCUUUUUACGUGAACUUAUAUCAAAUGCAUCUGAUGCACUUGAUAAAAUACGUUUUCUAUCUCUUACGGAUAAAAGUGUACUUGGUGAUAAAGAAGAAUUAACAAUACGUAUUAAAAUUGAUAAAGAUAAUCGUAUGUUACAUAUAACAGAUACUGGUAUUGGUAUGACAAAAGCUGAUCUUGUACAAUUUCUUGGUACAAUUGCUAAAUCGGAUACAUCAGAAUUUUUAAAUAAAGUUCAAGAAGCACAAAAAGAUGGUAAAGAUGGUAAAGAUGGUACAUCAAUGAGUGAUCUUAUUGGACAAUUUGGUGUUGGUUUUUAUUCAAGUUUUCUUGUGGCUGAUAAAGUUGUUGUUACAUCUAAACAUAAUGCUGAUGAACAAUAUAUUUGGGAAUCUGAUUCAUCAUCAUUUAAUGUAUUUAAAGAUCCUCGAGGUAAUACACUUGGUCGUGGAACAACAGUCAGUCUUCAUUUGAAAGAAGAAGCUGGUGAAUAUUUAGAAGUAUCAACACUUGAAGAAAUUAUUCGUAAAUAUUCACAAUUUAUUAAUUUUAAUAUUUAUUUAUGGAAAUCAAAAGUUGUCAAAGAAGAAGUACCGGACGAUGACGCUGUUGAAGAGAAAAAAACUGAUGAGAAAACAGAUGAUGAUGCAGCUGUUGAAGAUGAUAAAGACGAAGAAAAGAAAUCAAAGACAAAAACAGUCGAUAAAACUGUUUGGGAUUGGGAAUUAAUGAAUGAAAGUAAACCAAUUUGGCAACGAAAAUCAGCUGAUGUAUCUGAAGAAGAAUAUCAUGCUUUUUAUAAAUCAUUUGCUAAAGAUAGUGAAGCACCGAUGAUCUAUAGUCAUUUUACUGCUGAAGGUGAAGUAACAUUUAAAUCCAUACUCUAUGUUCCAAAAGCAGCACCAUUUGAUUUAUUUUCAAAUUAUAAUAAAAAAACUGAUGCUAUUAAACUUUAUGUUCGUCGUGUAUUUAUUACUGACAAUUUCGAAGAAAUGAUGCCAAAAUAUUUAUCAUUUAUUCGUGGUGUUGUUGAUAGUGAUGAUUUACCAUUGAAUGUUUCACGUGAAACUUUACAACAAUCAAAAUUACUUAAAGUUAUUAAAAAGAAACUUGUACGAAAAGCAUUAGAUAUGUUAAAAAAAAUUUCUCCAGAUGAUUAUGAAGCAUUCUGGAAAGAAUAUGGUACAAAUAUUAAAUUAGGUGUUAUUGAAGAUUCAGCAAAUCGUACACGUUUAGCUAAAUUACUUCGAUUUACAACAUCAUUAUCAAAAGAUAAAUUAAUUAGUUUAACUGAAUAUGUUGAACGUAUGAAACCAAAACAAGAACAUAUUUACUUUAUUUCUGCUAUGUCAGUUGAAGAAGCACAAAAAUCACCAUUUGUUGAACGUAUUUUAAGAAAAGGUUAUGAAGUUCUUUAUUUAACUGAUCCUGUUGAUCAAUAUUGUAUGCAAUCUUUACCUGAAUAUGAAGGAAAGAAAUUUCAAAAUGUUGCUAAAGAUGGUUUAGAAUUAGAUAAAUCAAAUACAAAGAAAGAAGAAGAAAAGAAACAUUUAGAAAAAGUUUAUGAACCAUUAUUAACAUGGCUUAAAGAAAAACUUAGUGAAAAAAUAAGUGAUGCUAAAAUAUCUGAUCGUCUUGUUAAAACACCUAUGGCACUUGUUGCAUCACAAUGGGGUUAUGAUGGUAAUAUGGAAAGAAUAGCUCGUGCUCAAGCAUAUCAAAAAAGUGGUGGUGAUUCAACAAUGAAUUUUUAUUUAAAUCAAAAGAAAACAUUAGAAAUAAAUCCACGUCAUCCACUUAUUAAAGAUUUACUUCGUCGUGUUGAAGAUUCAAAAGAUGAUAAAACAGCUUUUGAUUUAGCUAAUGUUAUGGUUGAAGCUGCAACACUUCGAUCAGGUUAUGACUUAAAAGAUUCAGCUGGUUUUGCUGAUCGUAUUGAAACAAUGUUACGACGUGCUAUGGGUGUAUCAUUAGAUGAGAAAGUUGAAGAUGAACCUAUUGAUGAAGAAACUGAGACUAAACUCGAUACAAACGAAGAUGAAAAUAUUAUUGAUGAUGAUACAAAUACAAAAUUAGACGAAGAUAAGCAAUCAACAAGAGAUUCGGAUGAACCACAUAUUGAUUUAUAA